GCCAUUGUAGUUUGUUUUCUUUAAAUUAAAUGGUCUGCGAUUAAAAUUAAUUAUAUUUACGGACUCACGGUUUUUGGAUUAAGAUGGGAAUCAAGUUUCUGGAGUUUGUGAAGCCGUUUUGUGCAGUACUACCUGAAGUACAAAAGCCAGAGCGUAAAAUUCAAUUUCGAGAGAAGGUAUUAUGGACAGCCAUUACCCUUUUCAUUUUCCUUGUCUGCUGUCAAAUCCCUCUCUUUGGUAUCAUGUCUUCAGACUCCGCUGAUCCAUUCUACUGGAUGAGAGUCAUUCUGGCCUCAAAUAGAGGAACACUAAUGGAGUUAGGUAUUUCACCGAUUGUCACAUCUGGUCUCAUUAUGCAGCUCUUGGCUGGUGUGAAGAUCAUUGAAGUUGGUGACACCCCAAAGGAUAGAGCACUGUUCAAUGGGGCUCAGAAAUUAUUUGGCAUGGUUAUAACGGUCGGCCAGGCCAUAGUGUACGUGAUGACGGGAAUGUAUGGAGCGCCAUCCGACAUUGGGGCCGGGGUCUGCCUAAUCAUCAUCAUCCAGUUAUUCGUGGCCGGCGUCAUUGUCCUACUGUUGGAUGAACUCUUACAGAAAGGUUAUGGCCUUGGCUCCGGUAUCUCCCUGUUCAUUGCCACAAAUAUUUGUGAGACGAUUGUCUGGAAGGCAUUCAGUCCAACCACUGUUAACACUGGCAGAGGCACGGAAUUUGAAGGUGCGGUUAUUGCCCUGUUCCAUUUGUUGGCCACCCGUCAGGACAAGGUGAGGGGGUUGAGGGAGGCAUUCUACAGGCAGAACCUUCCGAACUUGAUGAAUCUACUGGCUACUGUUUUCGUGUUUGGUGUCGUUAUAUAUUUCCAGGGCUUCCGAGUGGAUCUACCAAUCAAAUCAUCUCGUUACAGAGGGCAGUACAGUAGCUAUCCAAUCAAGUUGUUCUACACAUCCAACAUACCUAUCAUUCUUCAGAGUGCUCUUGUCUCUAAUCUUUACAUCAUUUCUCAGAUGCUCUCUGCAAAGUUCAGUGGUAACUUCAUCAUCAACUUGUUGGGCGUUUGGGGGGACGUCGGGGGUGGUGGACCAGCCCGUAGCUACCCUAUCGGAGGUUUGUGCUACUACUUGUCACCCCCUGAAACGUUGCAGCACGUACUGGAAGACCCUCUGCACGCCAUACUCUACAUUGCAUUCAUGCUGGGCUCUUGCGCCUUCUUCUCCAAGACAUGGAUUGAUGUAUCCGGUUCCAGUGCUAAAGACGUGGCCAAACAAUUGAAAGACCAGCAGAUGAUAAUGAGAGGUCACAGGGAAGCAUCCAUGAUUCACGAGCUUAACAGGUACAUCCCUACCGCUGCUGCGUUUGGUGGCCUGUGCAUCGGCGCACUGUCUGUUAUGGCAGAUUUUAUGGGUGCUAUCGGUAGUGGCACGGGUAUCCUUCUAGCUGUCACCAUCAUCUACCAGUACUUUGAAAUAUUCGUUAAAGAGCAGAGCGAAGGAAUGGGAUCGCUAUUCUUCUAAUUGAUUGAAUGAUUGAUUGAUUGAGUUGGGCGAUUGGUUUAGUCGAGUGAUUGAUGUAUUAUUAGUAAAUCUAUAUAACAGUUGGUCGGUUGGUGGGUUGAUUGUUUAGUUGGUCAGUUUGGUUUACUGUAUUUUGAAUUGUUGAUUGAUUGUUGAACAGAUUUGUCUUAUUAUUGUCAUUCAUUCAUUUUUAUUGAUGUAACCGUAGAUUAGUAUGAAUAAAUGAUAGUAUGUUAUGAUGCCAUUAACGCUUGCAUGUUCGUUUGUACGUAUAUUAAUGUUUUUUCGUUAUGUUUAUGUUUAAUGAAUAAUGUAAAUACACUAUGACGAGUAAGUUUCAUUAAUGAUUAUUAUUACUGUUUGUUGAUAUAAUUGUUUAUUUUGUUGU